UACUUUCAUUCUUGUAUUUGUGCGCUCCACCAAAAUGGGUAAAGAAAAAAAGAGAAAACGAAGCUCUUCUUCUGCUUCUUCAGAGGAAGACCACCGGUCCACCAGAAAACUACUAAAAAGACUGAAAAAGCUAGAAAAACGAAUGUCACGUGACUAUAGACGCUCAAGAUCUCGUUCUAGUAUGGCACUUUCCCGUUCGCAAAGUCCUCAGGAUUUGCGAUCGGUAACUCCUUCAGGGAGCCAUCACAAUUCGCCGGAACGCCGUCCACAGGAUAACGUGCGUGAAAGCGCUUCACCUUCACCAGCUCUCAUCGUACAUAACGACGAGGAACUUCCUCAAGAUUUUUUACAAAUAUUAGGUGAAAAUCCAAAUGACGUCAAAGAAAAGGUGGUCAUUCCCUCAGAGCUCUUGACACGCUGGUCUUACAUUUUAUAUAACGGUUUACCGUCCAGUGACAAACAACCACUAAUAGAGGAAUAUCAGUUGGAAUCUGAAAAUGGCGUAAGUCCACCCACAUUAAAUUCGGAAGUGGCUGCAAUAAUAGCUGCUUCUUGUGUUAAAAAAGACGCAUACCAAAUGGCGACACAAAGCCAAUUGCUUUCCAGUUUGGCAGCUCACUCUCAAGGACUUAAGCUACUUUUUAAAACCAAAGCUUUGGACCAAGCUCUGAAAACAGAGUUGGGUAAAAUUUUUUCAGAUUCGGCUAAAUUAAUAGCUGAUGCUUUUUACACUAUGUCACUCACUCGUAGACAUUUACUUUAUCCCUCGUUGACGAAAAAAGCAAAAGAAAUUUCACUUAAGGUGCCUCCAAAAGAAUUUCUUUUUGGAAAAGACAUUGGCGAGGAAAUAAAAAAGGCCAAAUCUCUUGAAAAGCUGGGAAAGGAAAUCAAGGCAGCUUCUACUAGCACCUAUAAUUCUUUAGAACAAAAACGAGAAGGGGGAGCUCAACAACAAGCGAGUAGAUACAAAACUACUCGUAGUUCCUAUGUACCGUUAAACAGGAAAGGCCCGACUCGUCCUACGAGGGAAACGAGGUCAUCAAUAGGGCAACCCUCAAAAGUCCAAACUCAACGAACACGUGGUUACUAAGUCAGAGCAACACACCCAUUGAAAAGCACACUUACACUGAUGGUAGGACUUGUCACUGGAAAGCCUUUAAAUUAAGAGGUAUUCCAGAACCUGCAAUUUCUACUAUGCUGAGGUCUAUAUCAUCAUCCACACUUGCACAAUAUCAGUGCACAUACAAACUGUGGUGGAAAUUUUGCCAAAAUAAAAACAUUAACCCAUUUGAAGCUUUAGCACCACAAAUUCUGGAGUUUUUACAAUACGUAUUGGACACCACUACACACAGUUACGGAACGUUUAACUCUCACCGCUCAGCCUUGUCAUUGUUACUUCCAGGAGAGUUGGGCAAUAAUUCAGAAAUUAAAAGAUUUCUUAAGGGUGUGGCACGAAUUAGACCUAGUAAACCUAAAUAUGAUUCAGUUUGGGAUCCAACACCUGUUCUUGAACUUUUAAUGUCAUUUUAUCCCCAUGAGACGCUAACAUUAGAAAACAUUUAAAAACCAAAGAAUUCAAACAUUACAUCUGAUUAAACUAUCAAAUAUAAAAUUUUCUGACGCUGGUGUUCGAAUUGUUAUCACUGAACCCACCAAGACCAGCAUAAAAACAGGGAUAUAUCCAAGUUUUUCUCUGAAUUAUUUUUUAGAAAGACCGGAACUUUGUGUUGCCACAUUACUAAAGCAUUACAUCUCAAUCACACAAAGCCUCAGAGGACAAGAAGAUUAUCUUUUUAUAAUACUUAGAAAGCCGUUUAGAAGAGCCUCUUUAGCUACACUUAACAAAUGGAUAAAAAUGACCUUAACACAAGCAGGAAUUGACAUGGACAUAUUCACCUCAUAUUCGACUAGGCAUGCGUCCUCCUCAGCAGCACUGAGACAAGGAGUUUCAGUGGAAACAAUUAGAAAGUCAGCAGGGUGGACAGGACAAUCAAAAACGUUCGAAAGGUUUUAUAACCGUCCAACAAUGGGUACCAAUUCGGUGCCAAACGCAAUACUGUCGUUAACUGACAAAAAAUAAUAUCUAUUCUAUUUCAACUUUAUAGUCUUAUAUUUUUAUAACUUUGAAUAAACUUAUUUUUUUCUUUAA